GAUCUCCAUAAACAUUAUUCCAUUUAUAGCUUAUGCGUUCCCAGGUUGUAGAUAAUAGCUCCAUGGUUGGCCGCCGAUUUGCUGGUGUCGCUUUCAAUCAGGAAAAUCCCCUAGUGUCUAGCACUUUGUCCCCAUCUACGUUGGGUUUCAAUUCACAUAUCACACACGGCGAGACAGUUGUGCAGUUCAAAAGGACAGAGCAAAGAUGGCCUCUUGAACUGAUUCCUUUCAUGAGAAAAAUAUCGUGUGAAAUAAGGACUGUGCAUUAAUUAUCCACUCAAUUUGGAAUAACGACGACCCUCGGCAUUAUCUUGGUGCCCUAAUAUUUAUGUGUGUGAUUGAAAUUGGGAAAAUAUGAUCGUACAGGAGCCCGUUCAGGCGUCCAUAUGGCAUUGUCUGAAUCAUUAUGCGUAUGCAGACGCUAUUUUCUUGGCGGAGCGACUCUUUGCUGAGGUGGACAAUGAAGACACACUUUUCCUCUUGGCAACCUGUUAUUACCGGUCAGGCAGGGUACGUCAGGCCCACGGUUUAUUAUCAAAGAAAGCCCCAAGUUCGUCACAGUGCAGAUUUCUCCUGGCUAAGUGUUGUUUCGACCUGGAGAAGUACGCCGAUGCCGAGGCAGCCAUUCUGGGUGGCUACUACAAACAAAUUAAAAAUUUCGAGGACAUUGUGACGCAAUUUGGGGAUCAAGCAUGCUUCUCCCUCCAGAUAAUCGCCAAAAUUUAUUACAAGAUGAUGAGGACACCCAUAGCUAUUGAAGCUCAUAAGCUAGCCCUGAAGCUUAAUCCCUUUCUCUGGCAUUCAUUCGAAGAACUCUGCAAUGCUGGUGAGAGGGUGGAUCCAACAAAAAUAUUCCAACUCGAUAAACUUGACAAUUUUGCCAUGUGUCAUGGAACUAAUCAACUGAACUACAUCUCUGAGCCCGACUUCAUCGUUCCAAAUACUAACAACAGUUCACCAAUUCAAAAUAGCAAUAACGUGACUCCUAGCCAGGGUGUCAUUGUCAAUGGCAUAUCCCCAUCGAUGAGACUGUACUCAGCAAUGGACGAGAGUCCACAGCUGGUGUCCAUAAACUAUAGUAAUCCGCCAACGAUAUCACCACGAGGCAAACCGCCGCGUUAUAGAAGUAUGUUCAGUAAUUCGAUGAGUCCCCUCACCCCAAGUUUCGGAAUACUCCCCCUGGAAGCUAAUACACCUGAGCCCAAUGUUCUACCAUCUCACGUGACCCUCACCGAAGCCAACGACCAAAAGAGCCUGGCAAAACGUGUCAGCAGUCUUCGGGCCCAUGUUGGACAGCUGAUGUCGAGAAAGGAGACUCCACUGCAGCAAGGCAAGCCAGUUUUUUCGCAGUCAGGUAAUACAAGCAAUACAGCUAACAUUGUGACUGUUACACCAACAACUCCAACACCGCCACCACCCACUCUUCAGGGGCCAAAUGUACGACGUUCUUCGCGGCUCUUUCUCAGCAACAGUUAUUCGGUUAAGGAGAAUAAUAAAUCACCAAACAGAAAUAAAUUUGCAACACCCAAGUCACCAUCCAGAAAGACCAAAGCACGUUUAUCAAAGACUAAUUUAAAUAAAACAAAUUUCAAUGAACUUAACGAACGUAAUAGGAGUGAAAAGGAAAAAAAUGAAACAAUAACUUCGGAAAAAAUGGUGGCCACCACAAAUGCACUGAAUCAAAGUAAUGUAUCUCAUUGUGCCCUAAUGGUGCAAAAACAGUGUGCUGAGGGUCUUAUGUCGCUUUUGAGAGAUUUGGGGAUGGCCUAUCAGAAUUUGAGCCAAUUCAAUUGCGUACAAGCUGUAGAGAUACUUAAUGCACUUCCUACACAUCAUCACAAUACAGGCUGGGUAUUGUCUAUGCUGGCAAAGGCGUACUUUGAGAUGAAUGAUUACAAGAAGGCAGCUAGUUACUUUGCAGAGGUCAGACAACUUGAGCCCCAGCGGACGGAUCUGAUGGAGAUAUACAGUACUGUACUGUGGCAUUUGCACCUGGAAGUUCAAUUGUCAACUUUAGCGCAGGAACUUGUCGCUGAGGAUCGCAACUCUCCAGCUGCUUGGUGUGCAACUGGAAACUUAUUUUCAGCGCAAACAGAGCAUGAGACUGCCAUAAAGUUCUUUCAACGUGCUAUUCAAGUUGAUCCAAGUUUUCCCUACGCUUAUACACUUUUGGGUCAUGAAUAUGUGUUGACGGAAGAACUUGACAAAGCCAUAACAGCCUUCAGGAAUGCUAUUAGGCUGGAUCCUAGACAUUACAAUGCCUGGUUUGGACUUGGCACAAUAUUCUCUAAACAAGAGCAGUACAGCCUCGCGGAAUUGCAUUUCAAACGUGCGCUACUUAUAAAUCCCCACCACUCAGCGAUAAUGUGUCACAUUGGUGUAGUCCAGCACGCAUUAAAGAAGACGGACAAAGCGCUACAAACUUUGAAUAAAGCAAUUGAAAACGCGUCUGACAACACACUGUGCAAAUUUCAUCGGGCCAGUAUCAAUUUUUCAAUUGGUCGACACACAGAAGCACUCAGAGAAUUCGAAGAACUGAAAAAUAUUGCACCCAAAGAGUCUCUAGUCUACUAUUCAAUAGGAAAAGUUCAUAAAAAAUUAGGCAAUACCCAUCUCGCUUUGAUGUACUUCAGCUGGGCAACUGAUUUGGAUCCAAAGGGAGUCAAUAGUCAAAUCAAAGAGGCUAUCCUGAGUCCUGGGCAGGGUGAGGAAGAUUCUCCCUCAGCUCAAUCUGGUGACGAUCCACAAGCUGCAAAUGUGUCAAUUGAGCAAGAAGCCGAGACCAGUGGAGAAGUGAGUGUCGAAGGUAGUGGUCUAGCGAGAACAGUCAGUAUCGAAGCUCACGCCGACGACAGCGAUGAUAGUUUAUGAAGACACCGAGUGGGCCGCUCGAGCACAAUACUUGCGGACCGCUUCAACUCAGUGCGUCGCCACAACGGCCGAACUUAUCGUCGCCAACGGCGUAGACGCCGUCGCCGACGUAUAUCCUGAAAUUUUGCCCGCAAUACGGCCCCUCAAAAAGUCCCCACUCCACCGAAUGAAACAAUUUACAAUAUUUUUAAACAAUACAAUAAUCAAAAGAACAAUAUUGUUGUCAGCAUGAAACGCAUUAUCCUUCAAGCCGAUAGAUUCUUCGUCCUCGAUUGAUGUAAAAUUGAUAAAAAUGUCAGCAUCAUUUAAUCUUGAACGCAAACGAAAUUGACAGUUUUCCAUGUUUCUUGAGUUUCUCCUCCAUUUGAAAAUUGAAAUGAAAAAUUCAAAUAAAAUACCAAAGCAAACUCUGCAGUUGAAAAUUGGAAAGAAAAAUAAAAAUAAAAUAAGAAAUACCAAAGUAAACUGUCAACAAUUUUGGUAUCUAAUUCUUGAAUCAAUUCUCCCAACGUGUUUACUUUUUUUUUGUUGUAUUUGUACAUUGCGUGUAACGUGUGAUGUGUAUAUUUUUUUACAAUUUUCAUAUCAAACAUUCUUCAUCCAUUCGUUUUCGGUUUACUUUGAUCGUCAAAUCUAGAAGCUAGACUGGAUACAGCUACGUCAUCCAAGGCACUUGGAGACAAAAAUUAUUAGGAAAAGGGCUACCUAGAUGAGAGAAAAAAAAAAUAAAAUGAAAGGAAAAGUGAAUACGAUAUGAGAUUCUUGUGUAAAUGUAAAUUAUGAUCAGUAGUAUUAUUGUAAUCGCUGGUGAACUGGUCAGUCUGCUCGUUCGUUGAAUAAAACUUACGUUUAAAUAGAAUAAAAGGAAGACCGUGCAAUAUAUCUAUUGUCUGCUCCUCAUGUUUCCAAAUGAGACGAGAAAAAAAACUAUUCAAUGAUAACGAUGUCAUGCAAAUUAUCAUAAAAAACACGAAUGUAGCGUAUGGAGCUAUAAAUAUAUAUAUCUACAUGAAA